UUGGAAUCAUCCACUGCUGAUCUUUGUUGAAGAAAGCGUUCUGGUUUUUUGGGGGGUGGUCACCAUGAAAGGCUCAGAUCUGUUCCUGUUGACAUGUUGCUUAUGUAGCCUCAGCACAUUGGGAGGUGCGUCUGAUGUGGAACAGGCGCUGCUUAAGACAGUGUUUUCCAACUACAACACCAAGGUCCGACCAGCACGUACGCCUGAAGAAAGGGUGGUGGUCCGGGUGGGAAUGAUCCUCUCAUCCUUCGUUGGACUGAAUAUGAAAAAUGAAGAAAUGAGCACUGUUGUUGUUAUGAAUUUGGAAUGGACAGACCACCGGUUGUCAUGGAAACCCAAGGAUUAUGACGGGAUUGAGGUGUUGCGAAUCCCCUCUGGGAAGGUUUGGCUGCCUGAUAUCGUCCUAAUAAAUAAUAAUGACGGGGUGUUUGAUGUGGCUCUGCACGUCCACGUUCAGGCCUACAGUAACGGCAGGGUGACGUGGACCCCCCCUGCACUUUACCUCAGCUCCUGCGGUGUAAAGGUUACAUAUUUCCCAUUUGACUGGCAGAAUUGCACCAUGCAGUUCCGCUCUUACACCUACGACGCCACAGAAAUCGACCUCCAGUACGCUCUGGACUCCAGAGGCAAGGAGAUAAAGGAAAUCAUACUGGAUGAGGCGUUCAGUGAGGGCGGCGAGUGGUACAUCAGACACAAGCCCAGCAGGAAGAACAUGAACGACGACAAUUACGAGGACAUGACCUUUUAUCUGAUCAUCGAGAGGAAGCCGCUGUACUACGUCUUGAACAUCAUCCUCCCCUGCAUCCUCAUCACCAUCAUCGCCAUCUUUAACUUCUACCUACCUCCAGAUGCAGGAGAGAAGAUGGGUCUGUCCAUUAAUGUUCUGCUCACCCUCACUGUGUUCCUGUUGCUGCUGGCCGAUAAGAUCCCUGAGACCUCAUUGGGCGUCCCUAUUAUCGUGAACUACAUCAUGUUCACCAUGAUCCUGGUCACAUUCUCCGUCAUCCUCAGUGUGGUUGUCCUCAACCUGCACCACCGCUCCCCCAACACCCACAUGAUGCCCAUAUGGGUCCGCAAGAUAUUCAUCCACAUGCUGCCUCCAUACCUGUGCAUGCUGCGGCCCAAAGUGGAGACCCCGCUGUCCCUGGAGACCCUGCCCCGCCGGGAGCAGAAAAUUGCCAUCAGUAAAGCAGCUGAUGAGUACUUCAUUCGGAAACCUGACCUGUCCAUCCUGUUCCCCAAACCUAACAGGUUCCAGCCAGAGGGCAUGUGCACAGACUUGAGGAAGUUCAUUGAUGGUCCCAGUACCUAUCUGACGCUGCCUGAGGAGCUGAAGUCAGCCAUCGACGCCAUCACAUACAUCGCAGAAGCUCUGCAGGCUGAGAAGGACUACGAAGCUUUGAAGGAGGACUGGCAGUACGUGGCCAUGGUGGUGGAUCGAAUGUUCCUCUGGAUCUUUGUGGUCUUCACCACCGUGGGUACCCUGGCCAUCUUCGCCGACGCCAGCUUCAACCGCACACCCACCGACCCCUUCAAAGCCCCCUGAGGCAGCGGGACGUUAGAACGACGAAGAGGACAUCACCGCCGCGUUAUUCUCUAGAUGCAAUUCGACACACUUUAACCCCACUGUGCAAUGAUUUAGAAACCGUUCACUCCAGGCAAAAGACUCGUUCACUGCUCCUCAUGCCUUCCUUCCUUUCUUCCUUCCACUUAUGUCUGUACAACUCUGUGUAACUGAUUAUUUGUCACUUGUACUUUUAAAGCAUGACCUCAUUUCUCUGACUGAAGCUGCAGACUAAACGAAGAUGUUGCUUUUAAUGACAAUGUUGUGUACAAGUUAAAAAAAAACAACAAAAAAAAAAAAACUUGAAUAUUCCAUUAUUAUGUAGAGCAAUAGUUUCUGCUUCAAUGCUCUGAACUUUUCCACAGACAGUUCAAUACACAUUCACUUCCAACACAGGAUCUUAUUUCUACCUACUCUAAAAGCAGCACAUAUUUGAGCACCGAACAUUUGUUAAAAGCCAUACUGUCAAGAGUUCCUGCACGGUUUUGCUGGCAUUCAACCUCGAUUUGCAAGUAAAUGCAAAUGAAUGAACAUCUUGACGUUCUUCAGCUGAAUGAGCAGCUAUGUUCAAGAACCUCUUGGCGUACCUGAAAAUGCCCACUGCUACGAAAUAUUUGGACCCAUCUCUUUACACUCUGCCUCCCUCUAUCGUACUUUCCAUAAAUCAUUUGAAACUGCUCACAGAGGCAGUUACGUACAUGAAUGCUUUAACUAUUGCUUGAAGUAGAAUUUCAGCUUGUGAGAGAUGUGUAUGUAGGUGUGAAUCUAGUUAGUUUUCAUAUAUUUGUUACAGUAGGGCCAUGGAUAGAGUGUGGAUCCACAGUUGGAUAUUCAUAUGUGGUGUUAACACAUAAACACCAAGACAAACCAGAUGCUAUAAUGAGCAAACUGUAUGCCUUUCAUUUCCCGGUGUCAGAAUGUGCUGGAGUGUGGCGCAUGCCUUGUGGAUAUUUAUGCGACUGUAGUAAUCCUCUUUGUAUUUUAGGCACUGGUGUAUGUGUACAUUUGCAUGGAGGCUAUUCUUAUGUGUGGAGCAGCACGCUAACUCUAUUCACCAGCUGCACCAAUAGCCUGUGGAAUUCCCAUUAUAGAGGUUCCUCACUCUACCUCUCUCCUU